GGCGGCGACAAGUUCGAAAACGUCAUCUACCGAAUUACCGGCUCAUCAGACCCCUCGAAGUCUCUUGACGGGCUGCUGAAUGCACUUCAAAGACGCGAUGUCAAAUUAUGGGUCUUGCAUGUAGGCACAAACAAUCUGCACCCCAGGCGCGGAAUGAGAGAAUCUGACUUGGAUCUACUUCGGUUGAUUGUGGAGGCUCUGCUCAAAAUGAAUGGCAAAGUACUUCUCAUUGGGCUCUUCAGGAGGAAGGAUAUCAGGGAAGAGCUGAUUGUGAAAGCGAAGGAGAGCUAUGUUGAGCUUAUUCGACAAUUUCAAGAGAAUGAAGUUAACCAAAUAGAGUUCUUAGAGCCACCCUUGGUUGAUAUGGAGGAGUGUCUGGUAGACCAUGUUCAUCUGAUCGAGAGGGGGUAUCAAGUCUGGGCCGAAGUUCUGUCCAAAGCAGUCUAG